AUGCAAAAGCAAUGGGUGCUUCAGACCAAGGAGGCGUGGAGUCUUGGCCUAAUCCGCACAGCGACCGGUGAAAACGCCGUCCAAAGGGGAAAAAGAAAGCAGCACGAGACGGUAAUACCGCCUUGCACAGGCUUAAUACCCCUGGCUCAGCUUUCCCCGCUUUACAACAUGCCCGUCGUUGCAGGACCUCCUCAGGCCCACGGCCCCUCCACUUUCGACAAGAUGAAGAUGGGUGCUAUGAUGGGAUCAACUGUUGGCGGUAUCAUGGGCUUCAUCAUCGGAACUGUCACUAUCUUCCAAUACGGCGCCGGACCCAACGGUGUUAUGCGAACCUUGGGUAAAUACAUGCUUGGCUCUGGGGCGACUUUCGGUCUCUUUAUGUCCAUUGGCAGCGUUAUCCGUACCGAAGGACCUCACAACGAUGCCUGGCUUCGCGCUCGCGGUCCCCCGAUGAUGCUUCCGCGCCAAAGCCCUCUGCGGCCCAUGCGCCAGUAG